AUGCCACUUGUGAAUAACAAAGUGGGAGAUGAUUGCACAGUCAGCUCUGACAAGGCUUUGGCUGAUGGAGAGGCUCUGGUGGGGUCUUUAAUAAAGGUGGUGGCAUGUUACCGGCACUUGGCAUCAUGCGUCGGUGGAUGCACAGACAGCUUGCAGCUCAGGGACGAGCUGCGGCAAACCAGAGAAAAGGCCCAAAAGUUGUCCGUGUCCAUCUGCCGCCACCUGACCUCACACCUGCGGGACAGGAGCCUGCCUGAGGAGCAGCGCAAGGAGAUGGAGCUCCUCUGGGUGGGCUUCUCCUCCAGCCUGGAGCUCCUCCAUGUUGACAUGUGCAAAGUCUUCAGCAUGGGCCAUGUCUUCUGUCUGGCAAACACUGCUACACUGGUGCAAACUGGCCUUCAAGGAGGAGGCAGUGAGGUUGCAGCUCGGGCGCUCAGUCUGCCAGACCUGAACCAGGCCCAGACUGCAGCCCCAGAUGCCGGCCUGGAGAUCCAGGAGCGCGGCGCCAUGGAGCAGGAGAUCAGCCACAUCGACCACAUGAUCGACGACAUGGAGAUGAAGGUCAACGUGCUGCGCUGGAUGGUGGAGCCUCGAGGGCCGCAGUACGCAGACCCACUCAGCAGCAGCGACAGCGCCUCCCUGGCUCUGCUCUCUGUGGACGAGGAGCAGCCUGGACACCAGCCCCUCUGCCAGCGAAGCCUCAUCUUUGUGCUCUCACUGCUGAUGGCAGUUGUUCUGUUGGCAGCCACUUUAUCUGUCUGUGUUGUCUUCUUCUCAUGA